CGCCAGUCUGUCUAAUCUACAGAUGGUAACCGGCCAUAUAUAGCCACAGCGAAAUUUUUAACAUUCCAAUCUUGUCAACAACUCAGGCUAACCUAAAAUCACAUGGUCUACAGAUCCAUUUGGACUUUUCAACCAAUACCUUCAUACACUCAUAUUCAUCUUCACUAACAUCAACACAAUCAAAGUGAAACCAAUUUUUACAAAACAUUUCACAUUGAACUGCUUUAACUUCAGUGUUCAUAAAUUUACUGCAGGACGGACAUAAAUCACUACGUCAUCAGUCAUUGCCGAAAUUAAUAUCAAGAGGUGGAGAUUGCCACAUCUACAUUAUUAAUUGAGUUAAGCACAGUGGUGAUAGUAGAAGCAUUAUGGGCAUACUACAGUCUUCUAUUGCCAAUCUUGGCACUACAGCUUGUUUUGUACGACGCCUUGAUCCUGGUGACCAGCUAUCUGAUGUAGAUGAAGUCACCUCAGAAGCAAAAAUGAACACAAUGGAGUCUUCAGUGACAGAAGAGAACAACGGAUUACCACUACACCUUUUCCCCAUUGAUGUCAUAGAGAUGAUCACACAAUAUUUGUCUGCCAAGGACCUAGCAGCGUGUUGUGCUUCCAGUCGCAAGAUGAGAGAAGUCUUCGGUGACGACAUCUUGUGGAGGAGAUACUGUGACAGGGAGCUGGCAGAAUAUCUGAGGACAACCCCAUGCAGGGUGGAGCCACCAUUUGUCAGUCCAGAGACUGAAGCCAACACAAUAUGUCCUCUCAGUUACUGGAGAAUGGCCUUUAUGAGAGAGAACCAUCUCUGGAAUAACUAUAUCCAGGGAAAAUAUAAGGAAGAGAAAAUGACAAUUGUCAACCGACAAAAUCAUCUUUCAACUAAGUCAUCUCACAUGUUUUUUUCAAAUGAUGUGAUGCUCAUACGAGUUUUUGACAGGAUUCACAUUUUAGAUGUUAGUGAAUUUCCUUAUGUAAACAUGACUGAACCAAUUCAUUUACCAAACUAUUUUCUACAAAAUUCUUACAAAUCAUUGCACAUAAAAUGUAAUAAAAACAUGAUUUUUGUUAUUUUACAUUCAUUGGUACAUGUUUACGAAGUAAAAGUUAGUGAGAAACGCUGCAUUCUUAAGCAUUUAUUUUUUGUUGCGGAAUCUGACAGACAAACAGUGAAUAAAACAGAAUAUACAAAAAGAAUCACUCCUACAUUUGCAGAUAAUCAUGACAACACUGCUGUGAUAAAUUCAUACCUCUUCGGGAUUGUAAGCGGCCAUUCAACAUUGCAUAUUUGGAAUUUUGAAAAUGGAAAAAAGAUUAAAGCGGAAGUCUGCCCAUUUUCAAAUGAGUAUGAGUUUAACAAAAUGUAUACUUCAGGGACAGAUAUCCUAAUUUUAGUAUUUAUAGACAAAAAGAACAAAAAUCACAGCGUUCUUUUGUAUAACUCAACUGACCUGACCUAUUUACCUUUUAGAAAAACUUUCAUCAGUGAUGUUAAUUGUUUUGUCAUUGGUGAGUUUAUUGGAAUCUGGUGUAUGAGAUGGAUGACUGUUUAUAAUUACAAAACUUUAGUAAUGGUUUUUAAAGAUAAGUAUGUUGAUAAACUACGCAUUUUGAAUGAUAAUUUCAUUUUCAGACAAAAUAGAGCUCUAAAAGUGUUAAAUCCAAAAACUGGAGUUGUCAAAAUUGUGAUUAAUAAAUCAAGUUCAUUUCAUAUUUUGUGCAAUAAAUUUAUACAGAGUUUAUACACAGAAAACCUAGACAGUUGGUCAAAUGAAAUAUGGGAAAUUGAUGAAGAUUUUAAAUUAAAGAGACAAUUGAAGCUUAAACUGGAAAAUUUUGCUCCAUAUUAUAGAACAUCAAAUGCAGCUCGUACCAGACUUAUACAUGUUUUUGAUAAAAUAGUACAUUUUUGGUGAUAUUCAGCACGCAACAGGAUUUCGUAAAAGAGUUAGAAAGCUCUUAAAUUAUUAGUUUUGUUACAAACUUUCAAGAUGUUACUAAUCCAAAAUUAGCUAUGUAAUAAAUCGUGCUAGUAUACCUUUCUCGACAUGCAUAGAAAUUAUAAUUGUGUUUAUACAAGUUAUUACUGAGAUGUGUGUAUUAAACAAAUUAUAUUUAUAUGUUAAUUAAUUAUAUUUCCAAAAUGGUAUGUAGUUGCUUAACAUAGUAACAAAAUUAUUUUUUAUAACCAAAGUCUGGGGCGUGGAGUACUAGUCUGUGUACAAAUUUCAGUCACUGUUGAAAAUACCGCUGCAAAUAAAAGUUGGUUAUUUCAAUAUCUCAAUUCAAAUGUAAGGAUGAUGAUAUAAAAUGUAUUAAACUAUUUCAAGUAAAGCGUA